UUUCCGUAUUGGCACCAUGACAUCAUCUCUACCCUGGAAAUUCCAUUUGCCCUCCUGUGCCUCCAGCUCUGUCCGAGGCCUCAGAGUUCCUAUAAAGAGGGGUUCUCAGAUCAGUUUCAGCACAGAACACAUUCGGGUUCUGAAGCUUCUGGACUCGAGAGUCUCAGCUCCAGGAAAACCUCUCCUCUCUCAAGACCAUGAAGCUCUGCGUGACUGUCCUUUCUCUCCUCGUGCUCGUGGCUGCCUUCUCCACCCCGGCUCUCUCAGCACCAAUGGGCUCAGACCCUCCCACCGCCUGCUGCUUCUCUUACACCCUGCGGAAGCUCCCUCGAAACUUUGUGGCCGAUUACUUCGAGACCAGCAGCCUCUGCUCCCAGCCAGCUGUGGUAUUCCAAACCAAAAGGGGAAGACAAGUGUGUGCUAACCCUAGCGAGGCCUGGGUCCAGGAAUACAUGGACGAUCUGGAACUGAACUGAGCUGCUCCACAUCUGGGUGCAGGAGGUCUCCAGGGAAGGUCACCUGAGCCCGACUCUUCUCAGGAGACACACCUUCUCCACACUCAUGACUUCUCAAUAGCCCAUUCCUUCUCUUAAUUUAAUCUUAUUAUGUGCUCUGUUUUGUAUUUGAAGUUAUUUCUACUAUUUGUUUUGCCAAAGGACACUUUAUCCCCCAUGGGGAUGGCCUACCAUCACGGUUUCUCUGCUAUUG